AUGGUGUUGUUGGCUUAUGAGAGGAUUGUUGAGUACGAUGCCUCCCCUCCUUUGCCCAAGGAGGCCCCCGUUCCCGAUGCCUGGCACGACCGGCCGGAGAGACCCCCGCCCGGAAGGUUUAUGACACAAAUGUACCAGCAUAUCCUUGCUUUUAUAUUUGCAAUCAAAGAAAUCAAUGAAAAUCCCCAGCUUUUACCCAACGUCACCCUGGGCCUCCAGAUUUAUAAUAACUAUUUCAGUCCAAUGCAGACCAUGCAUGCCUCAAUGAAAGCUCUUUCCACACACCUCCAAUUCAUCCCUAACUAUAAAUGUGACGUUCAGGACAAUCCAGUGGCUGUGAUUGGAGGACCCAACUCGAAUAUUUACUCACAUGUUACCAAUACCACAUUCCAUGCAGGCAUCACAUACAGAACCAAAAGUUCCCUCAGCUUUAAGAUCACCCUGGGUGAUGAUGAGGCAUCCAACGCACCUUUCCAAACUCCCGUCAAAUCGAGAAACAGCAUAUUGUGGACAUGGAUUGGAGUGAUUUAUGUCGAUGUGGACAUUGACCAGACAUUCAUACGCAACGUGCUUCCCAUGUUUUCCCGGAACGGUAUCUGCUUUGAUUUUAUAGAAAAAUUUACAAAAAUAGAAUUUUCGGCUGAGGUCGAAACAUUUGUAGAAGAGGAAACCAAGCUAUGCCAAACUGUCAUGGGAAGCUCGGCCACUGUUGUGGUUUUGCACGGUGAAUUUCAGGCCACCAUUAUGUUGAGAAAUUUGCCCAUUAUGCAGAAUUUGGAGGAGUCGUUCGUGAAGACCAAAGGGAAAGUCUGGAUCAUGAUCGCCCAGAUGGAUUCUUUUGCAUCUGAUUACUACCAAAGAUAUUGGGAUCUAGACUUCAUCCAUGUGGCUCUGUCCUUGGCAGUUCACUCAAAGGACAUGUUGGGAUUCCAGAAAUUUCUCCACCUCACACACUCUACCUCUGAAAAAGAAGAUGGUUUCACCAGGAACUUCUGGGAAAAUGCAUUUAACUGUUUGCUUCCUGGCAGAAAGGCUAAGGAAAUCUGCAGCAUGUUUGACAAGGAUUUUGAGGAAACGUGCACUGGAGCAGAGAAGCUGGAGAAUCUUCCUAGCACGAUCUUGGAAAAGCACAUGACUGCCCACAGCUACAGCAUCUACAAUGCAGUAUAUGCGGUGGCACAUGCUGUGCAUGCCCUCCGUUCAUCUAAACCGAAGCACAUAUCUGUGAAGGAUGGAGGGAAAAGGACACUUCUGAAUUGGCAGGUGCAGCCCAUUUCUGAGUGUAAUGAAGCAUGUCAUCCUGGUUAUAGCAAAAGAAAGAAAGAGGGGGAGCCAUUUUGCUGCUACGACUGCUUUCGUUGUCCAGAAGGGAAGAUUUCAAAUGAAAAUGAUCUCGCCGACUGUUUUCAAUGUCCGGAAGAUCAUUACCCAAAUGGCAAGCAGGACCUGUGCAUUCCCAAAGUUAUAACCUUUCUGUCUUUUGAAGAGCCCUUGGGGAUUGCUGUGACCAUUUUUUCUUUGUCCUUGUCUUCCAUCACAGUUUUAGUGCUUGGAAUAUUCAGGAAAUACCACCACACACCCAUCAUCAAAGCCAAUAAUCGGACUCUCUCUUACACUCUUCUGAUCGCUCUCCUCUUCUGCUUCCUUUGUGCUCUUCUGUUCAUUGGCCAACCCAUGAAGGUGACGUGUCUUCUGCGACAAACAACAUUUGUCACUGUCUUCUCGGUGGCUGUUUCUUGUAUGUUGGCCAAAACCAUCACUGUGGUUCUGGCAUUUCUGGCCACCAAGCCAGGAUCCAGCAUGAGGAAAUGGGUGGGCAAAAAACUGACCACCUAUCGCCCUUGUUGCUCCCUUAUUCAAGUCAUGCUUUGUAGCGUGUGGCUGGCCACAUUUCCCCCAUUCCCUGAUCUUGACCUGCGUUCCGUAAGGGGAGAAAUCCUAAUGCAAUGUAAUGAAGGGUCGGUCUCUAUGUUUUAUUGUGUCCUGGGCUAUAUGAGCUUUUUGGCCAUUGUCAGUUUUGUUGUGGCUUUCUUUGCCAGGAAGUUACCCGACUCUUUCCAGGAAACCAAGUCUAUUACCUUCAGCAUGCUGCUGUUUUGCACCGUCUGGUUGUCCUUUGUUCCCACCUACUUGAGCACAAAAGGCAAGUCAAUGGUGGCUGUGGAGAUCUUCUCCAUCUUGGCAUCUAGCACUGGAGUUCUGACAUUGACUUUUACUCCCAAAUGCUACAUCACUCUGAUGAGACCAGAUUUGAACAAAAGGGAACAACUAAUCAAGAGUCAGAAAUGAGGGGGGAAAGGAUGUAUCUUCUGGGGUUAAUUUUUGUGUGCAUGUAUGGUACUUUUUUUUGAGUGCUUUCUUUCUGUGACAUUUUCUUUGUGGGGCAUACUGUUCCUUUCAGCAGGGCUUCCAGCAGGAUGCAGGUUUUGAAGCAAUCUUUCCCGAGCCUGAGAAGGUUGACUGGAACUGGAAACCAUGAAAACCUAAAUCAGCAACCUGUCUUUGUCAAUACUGCCUGUUAGAAACUUAAUCUGUUUUAUGUUUGUUACU